CCCAGCAGAAUUUCUUACGAUCUCCUUGAUGUGGUCACACUCCUUGGGUCACUGCUGUGGAGCAGUGCUUCUCCAGCUUUGGCUGUGUUGGAAGCCCAAGAGGGCUCAUUAAGGCAAAUUGAGUCCCACCGCAGGGUUUCUCAUUCACUAGGUCUGGAGUGGGCACCAGAAUGCGCAUUUCUAACAUUUCCAACUGACACUGAGGCUGCCAGUCUGGAGUGGUACUAUGGGAACUUCUGCUGCAUGGUAUUUUAUUAUAUCAUCAGAAAAGCCCUUACUGAGGAAAAACGUGUCUCAACGAAAACAUCAGCCGCAGAUCUUGUGACAGAAACGGAUCACCUUGUGGAAGAUUUAAUUAUUUCUGAGUUGCGAGAAAGGUUUCCUUCACACAGGUUCAUUGCCGAAGAGGCCGCGGCUUCUGGGGCCAAGUGUGUGCUCACCCACAACCCGACCUGGAUCAUCGACCCCAUCGACGGUACCUGCAAUUUUGUGCACAGAUUCCCGACUGUGGCGGUUAGCAUUGGAUUUGCUGUUCGACAAGAGCUGGAAUUCGGAGUGAUUUACCACUGCACGGAGGAGCGGUUGUACACGGGCCGGCGGGGCCGGGGCGCCUUCUGCAACGGCCAGCGGCUCCGGGUCUCCGGGGAGACAGAUCUCUCAAAGGCCUUGGUUCUGACCGAAAUCGGCCCCAAGCGUGACCCUGCGACCCUGAAACUGUUCCUGAGUAACAUGGAGCGGCUGCUGCACGCCAAGGCACAUGGGGUCCGAGUGAUUGGAAGCUCCACAUUGGCACUCUGCCACCUGGCCUCGGGAGCCGCGGAUGCCUAUUACCAGUUCGGUCUGCACUGCUGGGACCUGGCGGCUGCCACAGUCAUCAUCAGGGAAGCAGGCGGCAUCGUGAUAGACACUUCGGGUGGACCCCUCGACCUCAUGGCUUGCAGAGUGGUUGCUGCCAGCACCCGGGAGAUGGCGAUGCUCAUAGCUCAGGCCUUACAGACGAUUAACUAUGGGCGGGAUGAUGAGAAGUGACCGUGGCUGAGGCAAAGCUGCUCUCCAGGCCUUCCUGGGCUGCUGUGGGCUCCUGGGGAGGUGGCCCUCCUGGCCCACGCUCCAUGCCAGUGGCUCACACUCUGCUCCUGGCUACCCUAGAGGGAGCUGUCACGCUAGUGAGUGGCUGGCCUUUUAAAUCCACGUCUCUCUCACCAGGAUUUGGUGGUUAGCUGUUUCUCUCUUUAAUCUCACGUAGCCUUUUUCAGGUUAGUACGUGUUCCUCUGUCAGGGCCAAAACCCAGAUCUCCUGUGAAAUACGUAUUGAUAAUCCAAUCUUGAUUUUUUUCCCCCCAGAAUAUAAAUCUCAGGUAAUAAGGCUUUAGAACUGCUGAUAAAGCGGAUCGUUCUCAGGCCCUCCCCCCAGGGUACUUCAGAAUGCAAUAAAUCAAAAUAAUGGCGCUA